AUGGGUGUCUACCGCACCCCCAUCUCCACCCGGGCCUCCUUGUAUCCGGGCUCCAAAAACGAGGUGCACCUGUGGCUGGUCGGCGAGCACGCGGAGGCAUCUCUAGGGAAGGUGCUACGACCCUGCCAGAACACAGUGGAGGAAGUCAAAGUGAAUGUGUCAGAGUACCUUGGGUCACUGCUGUUUGUGAAAGUGCAAAAGUGGUAUUACCUUAAGGAUGAUGCCUAGUUCUGCAACUGGAUCUCAGUGAAGGGUCCUGGGAAUCAAGGAGCAGAGUAGGUUCCCUGUUACUACUGGGAACAGGGCACUGACAUCCUGAGCCUCCCUGAGGGCACUGGCUGCACAGUAAUUGAAGAUAUUCAAGUCCUGUUCAAGAAACAUAGAGAGGAAGAGCUGGAACAGAGAAGGAAUCUGUACAGGUGGGGCAACUGGAAGGAUGGCUUAAUCCUGAAUGUGGCAGGGACCAGUUUAUCUGACCUCCCUGUAGAUAAGUGAUUUCGGGAGGACAAAUGAGUUGAAUUUGAUACUUUGCUGGUUGUGGGGGCAGUGGAUACUGUUGUCAGCUUUCCUCUGAAUGUUGUGACAAGUUGGAAGAAACUAGAUAAUUUCAACUGGGUUUUCAAGAGAGGCCACACCAAGAUGGCUGAGUGGGUUAGAGAUUCCUGGAAGGAGGAUGCUUUCUUUGGGUAUCAGUUUCUCAAUGGUGCCAACCCCAUGCUGCUGAGGUAGUCCACUUGCCUUCCUGCCUGCCUGGUGUUCCCUCUGGGGAUGGAGGAGGUGCAGGCCCAGCUGUUGAAGGAGCUCAAGGGAGGCACUCUGUUUGAAGCUGAUUUCUCCAUUCUGGAUGGGAUCAAGGCCAGUGUCAUCCCUUGUAGCCCAUAGUACCUAGCUGCUCCUCUGGUCAUGCUCAAGCUGCAGCCCAUUGGGAAACUCAUUCUUGUUUUGCUCCAGCUUGAACUGCCCAAAACUGGGUCCACCCCACCACCGAUUUUCAUGCCCACAGAUCCCCCAGUGGUCUGGUUCCUAGCCAAGUGCUGGGUCCGUAGCUCUGACUUCCAGCUUCAUGAGCUGCAGUCUCUUCUUCUAGCAAUGGCGGAGGUCAUUGCUGCGGCUACCAUGAGGUGCCUUCCAUCAGUACACCCUGUUUUCUGCCUGCUCUCUUUUCUAAUUCCUCACCUGCUCUACACCAUGGAAAUUAAUGUCCGGGCCAGGAAUGGGCUGAUCUCCGAGAAUGGAGUUUUCAACCAGAUGAUGAGCACAGGUGGAGGAGGCCACCUGUAUCUGCUCAAAUAAGCUUCAGCCUUUCUGACCUAUAGCUCACUCGGUCUCCCUGAUGACUUGGGUGAGCAGGGGCUCCUGGGUAUGGAGUCUUGCUUCUAUGCCCAAGAUGCACUGUGGCUCUGGGAAGUCACCAAUGAAUUUGUGUCAGGAAUGUUAAGUCUCUACUACAAGACAGACGUGGCUGUGAGAGAUGACCAUGAGCUGCAGAACUGGUGUCGAGAGAUCACUGAGAUUGGGCUGCAAGGUGCCCAGGACUGA